CCAGUUCGCUAAGGCCAAUCUCACCCUAAAACCCUAACCCCCAGCAAUUUCUCACCUGCACUGACUCAUUUCAUUGAUCUAUCGAUCGAGCGAGCGAGCAAGACAGAGAGACACAGCUCGAGACCACGCUGGUGGUUUGGGUUUUGUUUGUUGAGUUUCGUUCAUCAGCCUGCGCGGUGUUAGCUGCCGUGGUUUUGUUGCAACGAUCUGUGGGAAGAGUUUGAGGCGAAAUGGCGUCUCGUGUGCCGUGGCGUCGCACCUUGUCGUUGCUGCAGCAGCGAUCGGCGCAGGCUGUCGCCGCCCCCUCCCCUGUUGCUCCCUCUUAUGGGUCGUCUAUGCUGCACCGCUUGACGGGAAGGGCUUUGUACAGCUCCAAGGGAGCGGGCAGCGAUGUCAUCGGUAUUGAUUUGGGUACCACGAACUCGUGCGUGGCCGUCAUGGAGGGGAAGAUGCCGCGCGUGAUUGAAAAUUCUGAGGGUGCUCGCACAACACCAUCAGUGGUUGCGUUUACACCUAAGGGCGAGAGGCUAGUUGGCACACCGGCUAAGCGACAAGCUGUGACUAAUCCAACGAACACCCUUUUCGGCACGAAGCGCUUGAUUGGACGGCCAUUUGACGAUCCUCAGACUCAGAAGGAGGCUAAAAUGGUGCCUUACAAGAUCGUCCGAGGCCCCAAUGGGGAUGCAUGGGUGGAAGCCGGGGGACAGAAAUAUUCUCCGAGUCAGGUGGGAGCUUUCGUCCUUGGCAAGAUGAAGGAGACUGCAGAAUCGUACUUGGGUAGGCCAGUGGGAAAGGCAGUGAUCACGGUGCCAGCGUACUUCAAUGACGCGCAAAGGCAAGCGACGAAAGACGCUGGACGAAUUGCGGGGUUGGAUGUACUGAGAAUCAUCAACGAGCCGACUGCGGCGUCAUUGUCGUAUGGUAUGGAUCGCAAGGAAGGUUUGGUCGCAGUGUUCGAUUUGGGAGGAGGUACAUUCGACAUUUCCGUUUUGGAGAUUUCUGGCGGUGUGUUCGAGGUGAAGGCAACAAAUGGAGACACCUUCUUGGGUGGAGAGGACUUCGAUAACGCUCUGCUUCACCACUUGGUGGAUGACUUCAAGAAGGAGCAAGGUAUCGAUCUUUCCUCAGAUCGUAUGGCACUUCAGCGGCUCCGUGAGGCUGCUGAGAAGGCGAAGGUGGAGCUGUCAUCCACCCCUCAAACCGACGUGAAUUUGCCCUUCAUUACAGCUGAUGCUUCUGGAGCUAAGCAUUUGAAUGUGACUCUAACGAGGUCGAAGUAUGAGCAAUUGGUGAACCACCUGAUUGAGCGCACGAAGCAGCCUUGCAAGGACUGCCUGAAGGAUGCAGGUCUGUCCGCGAAGGACGUGGAUGAAGUGCUGUUGGUGGGUGGAAUGACAAGGAUGCCAAAGGUGCAGGAGGUGGUGAACAGUAUCUUCAGCAAGGAGCCGAGCAAAGGUGUGAACCCAGAUGAGUGCGUGGCCAUGGGAGCCGCCAUCCAAGGUGGUGUGUUGCGAGGGGAUGUGAAGGAUAUCCUUCUAUUGGACGUGACACCUCUGUCAUUGGGUAUUGAGACGUUGGGAGGGGUGUUCACUCGUUUGAUCACUCGGAAUACGACGAUACCAACGAAGAAGAGUCAGGUAUUUUCGACGGCAGCGGACGGGCAGACGCAGGUGGGCGUGAAGGUGUUGCAGGGCGAGCGUGAGAUGGCUGCGGACAACAAGGUGCUGGGACAAUUUGACUUGGUGGGGAUCCCUCCGGCCCCUCGGGGAAUGCCUCAGAUCGAGGUGACGUUCGACAUCGAUGCGAACGGAAUAGUGAAUGUAUCUGCGCGCGACAAGGCGACAGGAAAGGAGCAGGCGAUCACAAUCCAGUCUUCAGGCGGUCUAUCGGAGGCGGAUAUCCAGAAGAUGGUGAAGGAUGCGGAGCUGUAUGCGCAGAAGGAUCAGGAGAGGAAAGCGCUAAUAGACGCGAAGAACGAUGCGGACACGACGAUGUACUCGGUGGAGAAAAGCUUGAACGAGCACAAGGAGAAGCUGCCACAGGAUGUUGUGGAUGGCGUCCAAUCGGCGCUAGCAGAGUUGAAGAGCUCAGUAGAUUCAGAGAACGUAGAGGAGAUCAAAGCGAAGAUCAGCGCAGCACAGACAGCGUCGAUGAAGAUCGGAGAGGCUUUGAUGAAGAACCAGUCAGGAGGUAGUUCUGGAUCUGGCCCCACUGGUGAGCAAGCGGCGGAAGCUGAGUACGAGGACGUGAAGGAAGGAAAGAAGUAGAUCGGCUGUGAGAUAGUGUUACAGGAAUUCCUUGAUCUUGUACCAGAUGGCGAGCUCUGGUGUGAGUGGCAAGAGUUUUCCUCCCGUCCUUUGUGCUCUGUGUCGACGUACUUUUUGAGAGAAAUUGUGGCAUAUGAAGCAAUUCGAGGACGUAUUCUGUGUAGGAUUAGUGCGAUUUUCUUUUGGUAAACGCAGGUUAGGGAAUUGCCUACGGCAGACACAUUUAUUGAUAGUCAGAUUCCUUAGUUGGCGUCUAAUGUCGGUGCCUGCCUCCAUCAGGUUUGGUGCCGAUAAUGAGAAAUGUAGGGUUUAUGAGCCGCCAAGCUGAGUAUUAGCAGAGCCCCUGUGACAGGGAUGUCAUUGUUUCAUGCACUCGUCAAGUGCCACAUAGCGUAUAGAUACAUUGAAAUCUUAAUCUACAAGGUCACACGAUUUUUCA